GGCUCCGCCCCCGCCCGUUGAUUGACGCUCACCAAUGGCCUCCUGGUCUCCUCCUCCUCCCCGCGUCUUCCAGUGGAGUGCGUUGAUUUCAUACCAGAGUCAUACUUCACAUUCCACGUCUGCUGUCAAAGCUCACUGCAAAUAUUCGCCCAAACAUUGGCGAGCAAAGUGGGCAAAAUCCAUCAAGGACGGGGAUUUGAGAAGAAGAACUUCCACGCCAGCACGUCCACGGCAGACAUUAACCACCUCAAGUCUGCUUUGCUGCUGCAUUUUGCCAAGCCCUCCUCCAUCUUUGACAUCGGGGCUCGGGGUCGGGCCCAGGGGGAGCCGCCACCAUUGCGUCCAACGAGUGGAGCGCCAACGGUAGCCCAGAAGAUGGGCUGGACGGGGACAGCGAGGACAAGGCCAUCGACGGGGACGCGGAGGGCGUGUGGAGCCCCGACAUCGAGCAGAGCUUCCAGGAGGCCCUUGCCAUUUAUCCACCCUGUGGCCGCAGGAAGAUCAUCCUGUCGGACGAGGGCAAGAUGUACGGUCGCAAUGAACUGAUAGCACGGUACAUCAAGCUGAGGACGGGGAAAACUCGCACAAGGAAACAGGUGUCUAGUCACAUACAGGUGUUAGCCCGCAAGAAGGUCCGUGAGUACCAGGCGGGGAUCAAGGUUUCUAGCCACUUGCAGGUUCUCGCCCGGAGAAAAUCUCGCGAGAUCCAGUCAAAGCUAAAGGCAAUGAACUUGGACCAGGCGUCGAAGGACAAGGCCCUGCAGAACAUGGCCGCCCUGUCGUCAGCACAGAUUGUGUCUCCCAGCAUGAUGAAGAAUCAUCUUCCUCUUCCUCCACUGCCUCCUGCUCCCUACCAGCCAGGCAGAUUCUGGUCGGCACCCAUCCCGGGCCAGCCUGGACCUUCUCAGGAGCUGGUUCUAGAUCUCAACCCGGGACGGACUCCUGGGCUUGGUCGCACCAGCCAUGCCAUCAAGCCUUUUGCACAGCCGCCAUACCCCAGCCUCUCAGGCCCGGUACCACAGUCCAUACCAAGCUAUGCAGGUUACGAGCCCUUGGCUCCGCCCCCUGCGCCCACGGCUACAGCGGUGCCCGUGUGGCAGGACCGGACCAUCGCCUCCUCCAAGCUGCGCAUGUUGGAGUACUCCGCCUUCAUGGAGGUCCAGAGAGACCCGGACACUUACAGCAAGCACCUGUUUGUCCACAUAGGACAGACCAACCCGUCCUACAGCGACCCCCUCCUAGAGGCCGUGGACAUCCGGCAGAUCUACGACAAGUUCCCUGAGAAGAAGGGCGGCCUCAAGGAGCUCUACGAGAAAGGCCCCCAGAACGCUUUCUUCCUCGUUAAAUUUUGGGCGGACCUGAACAGCAGCGGCAUGCAGGACGGUCCAGGCUCCUUCUAUGGUGUGAGCAGCCAGUACAGCAGCAUGGACAACAUGACCAUCACCGUCUCCACCAAGGUCUGCUCCUUCGGCAAGCAGGUGGUGGAGAAGGUGGAGACGGAGUACGCCCGGCUGGAGGGAGGCAAGUGUGUGUACAGGAUCCACCGCUCACCCAUGUGCGAGUACAUGAUCAACUUCAUCCAUAAGCUCAAACACCUGCCUGAGAAGUACAUGAUGAACAGUGUGCUGGAAAACUUCACCAUCCUGCAGGUGGUGACCAACCGUGACACGGAGGAGACGCUGCUGUGCAUAGCCUUCGUCUUCGAGGUGUCCACCAGCGAGCACGGCGCUCAGUACCACGUCUACAGACUGGUGAAGGACUGACACCAGCACCACCUCUUGUGGCACAACACCACCAGGACAUUCACACACACACACACACACACACACACACACACACACACACAAGGAAUAAAAACAUUGAUCAGACCAGUACAGCGGAGGAACGUGAUUGACUGUUGAAGGAAGGAGCAGGUGUCAAAGCGAAGGAGAAGACUCUUCUGACGGGGCUCCUGGCAGCGAGAACAAGGAACAGGACCACGGGGGGCAGAGCAGUGGUGUUUGCAGUAGCUUGUGUGAGGAACGACAAAGUGCCUUUUUUCUUCUCCAAAGACGCCUGCCACUCUUGAUUGCCUUUUGUACUACCUCUUGUAUUGUGUACACCAGCACAUCAUGGUCACAUAACACCCUCACAUGUCACCUAUGAACAAUCAAAGCCCUCACAUGUCACCUACGAACACUCAAAGCCCUCACAUGUCACCUACGAACACUCAACGCCCCCACAUGUCACUUAUGAACACUCAAAACCCUCACAUGUCACCUAUGAACACUCAAAACCCUCACAUGUCACCUAUGAACACUCAAAACCCUCACAUGUCACCUACAUGAACACUCAAAGCCCUCGCAGGUCACCUAUAUGAACACUCAAAACCUUCACGUCACCUAAAUAAACACUCAAAGCCCUUGCAUGUCACCUAUAUGAACAAUCAACACCCUCACGUGUCACCUAUGAACACUCAAAGCCCUCACAUGUCACCUACAUGGACACUCAAAACCCUCACAUGUCACCUAUGAACACUCAAACCCCUCACAUGUCACCUACAUGAACACUCAAAACCCUCACAUGUCACCUAUGAACAAUCAAAGCCCUCACGUGUCACCUAUGAACAAUCAAAACCCUCACAUGUCACCUACAUGAACACUCAAAACCCUCACAUGUCACCUAUAUGAACACUCAAAACCCUCACGUGUCACCUAUGAACACUCAAAGCCCUCACAUGUCACCUACAUGGACACUCAAAACCCUCACAUGUCACCUAUGAACACUCAAACCCCUCACAUGUCACCUACAUGAACACUCAAACCCCUCACAUGUCACCUACAUGAACACUCAAAACCCUCACAUGUCACCUAUGAACAAUCAAAGCCCUCACGUGUCACCUAUGAACACUCAAAACCCUCACAUGUCACCUAUGAACACUCAAAACCCUCACAUGUCACCUACAUGAACACUCAAAACCCUCACAUGUCACCUAUGAACAAUCAAAGCCCUCACGUGUCACCUAUGAACAAUCAAAACCCUCACAUGUCACCUAUGAACAAUCAAAGCCCUCACAUGUCACCUAUGAACAAUCAAAGCCCUCACAUGUCACCUAUUAACACUCAAAACCCUCACAUGUCACCUAUGAACAACCAAAAUCCUCACAUGUCACCUAUGAACAAUCAAAGCCCUCACAUGUCACCUAUGAACACUCAAAACCCUCACAUAUCACAUGUGAACACUCAAAGCCCUCACAUGUCACCUAUGAACAAUCAAAGCCCUCACAUGUCACCUAUGAACACGCAAAGCCCUCACAUGUCACCUAUGAACACUCAAAACCCUCACAUGUCACCUAUGAACACUCAAAACCCUCACAUGUCACCUAUGAACAAUCAAAGCUCUCACAUGUUACCUAUGAACACUCGAAGCCCUCACAUGUCACCUAUGAACACUCAAAACCCUCACAUGUCACCUAUGAACACUCCUCUCAGUUAUCCUUCCAUGAAAGAAAGCAUGUUUAAGUCUCAUAGGUGAGCUGCAUCAGCAUUUUGUUCUGGUACUUCUGGUCUUACAAAUGUUUCUUCUAGAAGCAGAGCUCCUUUUCCACCGACAUUUCCAGGAAAGUUUUCAGGCCUAGGAUUGUGAAAAGACACACCCCACUUUUACAGCAGGAAGGGGAUUCACACGGCCCGGUUUGUUGCGGUUUACCUGACACGUGAAACGUGACAAAUUGGCAGUGCACGGUCAAUUUUAGUUGCCAAGUUGUCCAAACUUUUUUGGGGGUAAAUUGAUAUUUUUCACUUUCAAAACCAACUAAAUAUUUAUUUUACAGUAUACCCUCCACUUGUGUUAAAGGUGCCGGGGACCCAAAAGGGUCCCAGUCCUUAAAGUGUUAAAGAUAAGUCAUAUUUUGUUUUAUUUACUUUCAACACUUCUUUAGCACCUAUUAAUCCACUUCAGAUCUAUUCAAUGACUUUAAAAUGACACUUUUCUUAUGUAUUACCCUUUUUUGUUGCAGAAAACACAAAAUAUGCAAUAUUUCCCCCCCCAAAAAAAUUUCAAAGUGAAAUAUUCGAUGUGAAAAAUUUAAUGUUUAAUUUGUAAGAAAAAAAGGUUUGUGUUACUCUUAUUUUGUAGUAGUAUUUUCAAAAUGAGUCGUAACCAAAUAUGCAGCAGGCCACACUUUGAGCAUUGCAUUUCUUAAAAUAACUUUAAUGGCAAUUUGACCUUUUACCACAGCUUUUGCACAAUGAUGACCCCCCCCCUCUACCCCUUACACGAGACCCAACCUGGAAUGCUGCCGUAUGAAUCCCCUCCCCCCGCAGGUACUUUGGUGGAAAUCCCCCAGGUGAAUAAAAAGUGUGGAAAAGAGGCUCUUGCUGGCCUCGUGGAGGUGUUUUUAUGUCUGUGACUAAUGUAGCGCACGUGACAAAGAAUUGUCUGUACUGUGAGUCAACACUUCCCAAAGGAGACUCCUCUUUGUGUGGGAUCCCAGCACAGAGGACACCAAAUCUUUUGUUUCAAAAAGAAACUGCAAGCUGUGAAGUCUUGGGUGGACAAGAGAAGCUUCAGUGCUGGAUUCUUAUUUAUGGGCUGGACCAGCAGAUGUUGAAUCCUGCGGGCUCUUUGGCUGGAGUCCUCUCAGCCGCCACUUGGACUAUUCUUUCUUUUAUAUCACUUUUGUGUUUCCACUUUCUUCUCUUUUGACCUUCAGUGUUUGCGCUUCACUGAGAAUAACGUGUGACUUUGACCCUGAUGAUGAUGAUGAUGAUGAUGUAUGCUUUGCAAAAUGGUGUGGGACGCUCUUCUUGUUGUUGUUGUUGUUGUUGUUUUCCUUUUUGGUUGAAGGUGGUUUACUUUGUUACGAUUGUGAGUUGCAAUUUUAUACUUCCAAAUAGAGGUUGGACUAUGUAAUCAAACAAUGUAUCGAACAAUAAAAGACACAUGGUGCCUUUUGGGGGGCCAUUGUCCCCUUUAAAUAGUCUGAUUGGAUUUGUCCACGGGCAGCACGGCGGUAGAGGGGUUAGUGCGUCUUGCCUCACAAUACGGAGGUCCUGGGUUCGAUCCUGCGCUCGGGAUCUUUCUGUGUGGAGUUUGCAUGUUCUCCCAGCGACUGUGGGUUCCCUCCCACCUCCAAAGACAUGCACCCAAGGAUAGGCCCCUCCCACCUCCAAAGACAUGCAGCUGGGGAUAAGCCCCUCCCACCUCCAAAGACAUGCACCCGGGGAUAGGCUCCUCCCACCGCCAAAGACAUGCACCUGGGGAUAGGCCCCUCCCACCUCCAAAGACAUAUGCACCCGGGGUAUAGGCCCCUCCCACCUCCAAAGACAUGCACCUGGGGAUAGGCCCCUCUCACCUCCAAGGACAUGCACCUGGGGAUAGGCCCCUCCCACCUCCAAAGACAUAUGCACCCGGGGAUGGGCCCCUCCCACCUCCAAAGACAUGCACCUGGGGAUAGGCCCCUCCCACCUCCAAAGACACGCACCUGGGGAUAGGCCCCUCCCACCUCCAAAGACACGCACCCAGGGAUAGGCUCCUCCCACCGCCAAAGACAUGCACCUGGGGAUAAGCCCCUCCCACCUCCAAAGACAUGCACCUGGGGAUAGGCCGCUCCCACCUCCAAAAUGGGGAUAGGUUGAUUGGCAACACUAAAUGGUCCCUAGUGUGUGAAUGUUUUCUAUCUGUGUUGGCCCUGUGAUGAGGUGGCGACUUGUCCAGGGUGUACACCGCCUUCCACCCGAUUACAGCUGAGAUAGGCUCCAGCGACCCCGAAAGAGACAAGCGGUAGAAAAUAGACGGAUGGAUUUGUCCACUUUCAACUCAUGACAAUUAUUUCUGCUGCACAUUUUCCCUUCAAAUAACAUGUCUUGAACCUGAGGUCCUAAUUCAGAUUUUAUUAGCUUGCUCAUAAUUAAAUAAAAAAAAAAAAAUGUCUUUAACACAAUUUUUUUGUGUGGACUUUUUGCAUGUGUACUACAACCUCAUCAUUCUCAUCCCAUUGGGGGAUAAAUAAAGUAUAUCCUAUUAAAGUUACGCGUUAGUAACACGUUUUAUGGCAAACAAAU